AUGGAUCUUUUAAUCUCCUUCCCUGCAAAUUUGUCAUUGAAACAAGCAUCUACACGCGCAACAGUACAGAAGAUGAGAACGCAACAACAAAAGAGCGAACACGAAAUGACCGACCCACAAUAUUUAAUUGUGAAUAAUUACCAUACGGAGGAUGCAGGAGACACGGCCACUUUGGACGUUUUGAGCUUUAAGGAGGUCACGAAUGAUAUUGGAAGACAAGUGUUUGGAUUUAGCGUUUUGAGGGAGAGUGUCACGGAUUCUGGUGUUCGCUAA